UUGGUACUUGCAACGUGCGUGUCUACAAGAUUCACAAAAGUUAUCUCUGACGUAAAAUCACAAACGAAGGACGUCGCAACAUAUACCGGAACUGGAAGAGAAUAAUCUCGCGGGAAGAAAACCCGCGAAAGAUAUAGUCGUCGCUUUUGCAUGACAUUUUGCAAACACGAUAAGAAGCUCGAAGAUGCCGCGACACAAGCAACAGAGACCGAGACACAUUAUAGAGCCCGACGACGAAAAUGGAGAAGCUUUAAAAGAAGCUGAUAUGUCCUCGGAUGAAAAUUAUGAUGAAGCAAAUAAUUGUUCAAGAGAUACACCCAAUACACCAAGUUCUCAGGAGGACAUUCUGUCAAAUCAGGAGGUAUGUUUCCAGGGCUCCUGUGACGACCGUCUACCGCCACCACCUCCACUGAGACCGGAUAAUGAAAUACAGGCGAAAACAGAUAUGCUCUGCGGCAAAAGUGAUGCCUUCAACGCGGCAGAUACUGACUCGAGUCCUCGGUCAUCAUUAGGCAAUGACGCAAUUGAUAAUCCCACACACGAAUUCAGUCGAACAGAUCAAAAUUUUGAAAACGAAGAAAAUACAUUAUUUAAACCUUUUACGAAUUUCCAUAAUAUGAAGAAACACUCCCACGAUGGCGUGGAGGUCCCUGAACCAAGAUCCAGUCCAGACUACUUGAACUAUCUUAGAAAUUUCAUAUCGAAAACUAUGCAAAAUAAUAAUGGUAGUGGAGAUGUCAAUGGAAAUGUGUUCAGUCAUUUACAUUCUAAAAAUGACGGAAGAAAAGAGAAACAGGACGGAGAGGUUUUCACAGAUAAACAUAUGCGCACUAUGUGGCAAAAUAUGAUGAUAAAUCCAUUUCAACUUAUGGCCAAACUUAUUAUUGAUUCUCGAAAUAAAGCACAAAAAGAGAACGAAAAAGUCGAAAAAAUGGAGAACGAAACUGAUGUCUCGAAAGGAGAUUCUUUUCCGACGAAAAUGCCUCCGACUCUGGCUGCGAUUAGAAAUCAUAUUUUGAACAAAAAAGUCGUGUCUUCCGACACCGGUAAUGUGGAUAACGAUACAAAAUCCGAUGCCUCACGUAAUACCUACUCCGUGUCGGGACGAAAUCCAGCACCAAUCGAGGAACCACGGGGGGAUUGUAAAACUAACUUACAAGCCAGUCAGAUUCACUCUGAAGUACACAAGGACUUGCCGGACUCGACAAAUGUCGAUGCUGGUUUUCAAGCUUUUGUAAAGUCGAAUGAAGCAUUUAUGGCAAACAGUAAAUCAUCAAACAAUUACAUGGGUUCAAGAACACCACCUGAAAGUAAUAUGGAAAUUUGGAAAAAAAUUAGAGAUCACCAUUUUUCAUUAGGAUAUUCGCAAAUCCCGACUUUGCCAUGGUCUACCCUGAAUUGUGAAAUGCAAAAACAGCCAAUACCACCUACAACCCAAGGUUCUGGAGAUUUACAUGAAGUUAGUUCAUACCCGCAUAUGCCAGUCUCUUUCCCUAGUUAUGAAAGGCGAGAUAGUGACCACAACAAAGAACAUGAUGUUGCUUCUUCACCAAAAGCAUUGAACUUAGCAAUGAGACCGAGAGAUUUACCAAAGGAGCAAAGUGACAAAUAUCCAAAUUCUAAGGAACGUUCCGUUUCAUCUACGUCCUUGAUGGAAAAAUGGCCGACAAGUAUUCCUGGUCCAUCGGAAAACAUCUCUAGUCAAGGUAUAAACCAGAUUGUUCGUCGUCACGAAAUAUCGCAUAUUGUUCCACCUUCUCACCAUUCAUUCCCGAUUCCACUUGGUACUCUUCACGAAUAUCAAAAUAUUUCACAGCCCUCUUUUUACAGUCCAUGGGCGAUGAUAUAUCCCCCAAUUUAUCCGUCUCUGGAUCCAUUAGCGUCAAAUCCUCUUCUUCAAACAGUUCAUCCUAACUUGUCAAUGCCGUUCGGAAAUCAAUCAAUGCCAAGUCGUAGAAAUAGAACAUCACCCUUGUCGCCUUCUCGACCAUCGUCUGAUCCAAGUUUUAUGUCUGGAAAUAGAAAAUCUUCUUCGUCUCGUGCAAAGGUGAAUUCUAAUAAUCCUAUCGACAGUCUCCAUGCUGCAAUUGUGCGCGAAGCUAAAGAAAUGAACAAAGGAAUGGAUCCUGAAAACAUGUACAUUGAAUGCCCUAUAUGUCAUAAGAAAAUCAAACGACUUUAUCAUUUUCAGAGGCAUAUGCGUAUCCACAGCGGUGAUAAAAGUCACACUUGUCCGUUUUGUCCUUACAAAUCAGUGAGAAAGGAUAACCUUAAAAGUCACAUGAAAACGCACGAGAAAGGUAAAUAUGAUGCUACCAAACGAGUUCAAAGUCGACGAGACCUUGCAUCUGGACCUAAGUUUCCAUCGAGGCCGGAGUAUCGUCCCACAAGCAAUCCAAAUUUUUCAUCUCACACUAGUUUGCGAUCUCCGUCUAAUUCUGUUUCAUCCACCUCGAGCGGGAGUUCUUCUCAGUUCUUUUCUUUCCAGAGGCGUCAUACAAGUACUAGACCGACCACCCCUCCAAUUUCAGGCGAUAUUCCUAGGUAUACUUUGAAUACACCAAAGUCUGAUUUGGGAUUGAUGUCUCCAAAAUUCAGUGACAAUUUUGGUCAUCCUGCGGUAGGGCUUCCGUACAACGGUUAUCCGACUAUUCCUCCAUUUCUACGUUUCCGACCGCAAGGAGAAAUGACUGGCACUACGCAACCGUCUCCGGGAUGCAUUACAGAAAUAGAAGAUCAUAGAAAAUCCCUGUCACCACCUACUAAAGUCACAUCAAAAGCAAGCAACAAUAAACUACUAACACCAGGAGAACAAGUAAGAGACAAGGUGAUCGAACCGGUGAAAAAAGACCACGAACCUUUUAUCUCACCGCGAAAGCGCAUUUCCGAAUCUAACACUGAGGACGAACCUAAGCGUUACAAGAUGGGUUCAUCCAGUCUAUCAUUCCUGGAAAAAGACUUGCUUUUGGCAAACAUUAAUAAUAGCAAUAACUUCGACACAAAUUCAUCUCAAUUGUCUACACCAAUAAAUCUGAAAAAUCACCUUGAAAAAUCUAAUAAUUCUCCAAAGGAUGGAAACUCUUCGUUAAAAGAAGAUUUGUCUGGCGAUGAAGUGAGAACUCAAAUUAAUCAAGAGACAGAUAACAGAGCCCAUAUUACAAGCACCAAAAAGGAGAUUAUUAAUUGUGAAAACGACAAAUGGAUGAUGAAUGGAAUGGCAUAUCCACACAACAUUUGUGAAACCGAAAAACUUCAGAAAAUUGUUAAUCCGAGAAUAUCUGUUGAUGAACAAAACGGGGAUUUUGAGCAACGACGUCAGUUUUUACACUUGGCGAGUAUGUUCGGAUUUCCACAUCUGAAUACUACAUUCAAAACAUCAGAUUUGCUAGAAAAACAGCAUGCAGAUGAUAUUCAAAUAGAUCAUGCAACGGAACGAAAUAUUUCCAGAAAAAUCUCUCAAAAUGGUUUGAAAGAAGACAGAUCUAUAAUCAAUGCAGAAUCGUCUUCCACUCGUGAUUUUGACGGUAAAAAAGAAAAAGUUUCAACCAACAAGAGAGAUGAAAGGUCUGGUGGUACAAGGUACACUUUCAUAUCUUCCAAUGACGCACACGCAACAUACACUAGCAAAUCAGAUUUAGAUCAAAAGAAUCCAAGAUCGGAUAGAGAAAUGAGGAAUGUGACCUCCGAAGACGGUGAGGAUGUCAAAAUCUGCGACGAGAAUGAGGAAAAACCAACGUCCCUCUCAAUGCCAUCAUCUUAUAAUGAUGUUUUGUCGACCAUACGAUCUGGAAACGGAAUUUCAUCCCCGAAAGACAACAACUCACAAUAUCGUUGUAAUGGUAGUCAACAGCAACAACAAUCAAGCUGGUUGGCUUCCACGAGAGAAUUGAAAUGUCGUCUUUGUGAUUUUAUAGCAAACAAUAAUGCUUCAUUACAGGAACAUAUGUCGAUUCAUAAGGAAGAUGGGAUGUAUAGGUGCCAACACUGUGAUUAUCACGGUAAGAAUCUCAGUAAACUGAUCGAACACAUUCGUAUUCAUACUGGAGAACGUCCGUUUCAAUGUGAUCAGUGUAGUUAUGCUGCAAAGCGUAAGGACAACCUGGCCCAACAUAAAAGCGUUCGACACGAUAAAAAUCGUUUCAAAGGAGCGGCUAGAGUUUUGAAACCUACUGGGUCACAACAAGACGAAGAACAUUUUUCGAAAUGCAGUCAAGUACCUGUACAACAUCGCAAUCCUGAAUACAGAUCCAUUUUGAUUCCGUCUACAGAUACUCUAAACUUGGAAUCAAGGCCGUUGAGCGCUCUUACUAACGCAUUUUCGGAAAGAAGAUCGGUAGCAACGUGCGGUGAUUUGCUGUCUAAAUUUGGACAAGCAAUAUCGCCGGCGGCUAGCAAGUACAGUACACGAAACGCUGACAAAAACGCUGGAGACUUGUCAUCAAAUGUAACUUUGACGAAAAACUUUUUUAAUUUGUAUAACUACCCCACCCAGCCUGUGCUUAAUUACGGAGGAAUGACUUCAUCUUUCAUGUACGGACACCCCCUUAUAGCUCCGUCUGUAUUUUCAACGAUUCCAGCCUCGUUAUCCAUCGGCGACAAACCGAUGAACGCCCACACAAUGACUUUCUCUUCUCGUUUCCCUGAAACCGCUUCCACGAAUCCCAUGGCUAUAAAAAGCAAUUCUCAUCUCCAGUCGGGCGGAAGCAAAUUCACAAAAACUCUUCAAGAAUGUGCUCGAUGAUUUUUGCAAUUAAAUUUGAAGUGAAUACUGAAAAAGCACUGUAUAUUUUGUAAUUUUUUCACCCCGAAACCCGUCUUUCAUUUCUGUCAAACAACGAUCCACGAUGACAACGUUCUUAGGUAGCAGAGCUCCGCCAUUAUCGUCUCGUAAACCAUAAUAUCCAAACCACGACAACGAAACCCGGAAGGACCAUGAUUCACAUACACAUCACGACAAGUACGAAGGAUUCUGCAAUAUAUGAGUGCCAUGGUCGUUUGUGUGGAAGAAUUUGAAUAAUAGAAUGCCCGCAAAUGUGAAAUGUUUCAACAAAGUAAUAAAAGCAAACAAAGUAUGCAACAUGAAACUAAAAAAUUGGAAAUUUGCACUGUUCAUAAAAGGAGGAUCAUCGUUUGUUUUACCAUUGUCUCGUCAAAUAUUUUAGGACCAACUAUACUCACUAAUUUUCCCCAGGAUAAUGAAAUUCGUAAAGUAUUUCACGCUUGCAAUCCCCAACCCCAAGUGCACGCUAAUUUUAUGUGAUCUGUUUUUCAACCGCCUGUAUUACAAGAAAAUAUCCACUUAAUUAAUGAAUAUUUAUAAACUUUAUCUCGUUUGACGUGAGUGUUAAUUAAAUCGCUUUAAACUGUGAUUUGCUUCUUAAAAAAGAUAAUCUGAAGAAGGCGUCACCUCUUGCUACCAGAAUUCGCACCAAAAUUAGUCUGAAUUGGACAGUGUGCGCUCUGUUAAGAUUGCUGUACUGGCUGAGAAUUAUUUUCAAGCUUAAAUUUUCGAAAUCAUAUUUUGCCUUCCUUCGCGAUCUACUAGCGACAAACACCAUAAUGGUCUCCUUAUACUGAAUUUACAUUCAUUUCUGUUAGGAUUUUAUAUUUCAUUGGUUAUGAUAAAUAUGAUGAGGUACCGUUACGUUAUAUAUAUAUAUAUAAUUAUGUUUAUUUAUAAUGCAAUAAUUCGCGGUGUGAUUUGCUGCUUAUGUUUUAAAAUAUUUCAUAUUUGUUUCUUUUUUAUUGUUUCAUGGUAUAUGCGUACUAUAAUAUCAUUGGUUGUAAUACCAAGCGUAUUUUUUUCUUGUUGGUUUUUGUGUUCCAACGUUUGAAGGAUUCUAAUGCUCCCACACUUUUAUGAAAUUCCAUUCCUUUUGGUAUAUCAAUUGAUUUAUUUUGUUGUCAACUGUGUGUGUAUUUUGUUGCGACCAAUCAUCGGUUAUAUUAUUCUCUCAUUCCCAUUUUUUGUUGUUGAUAGUCCUGUGUUGAGUUGAGCAGGACGUCGUUGCAAUCUCCAUUUCAACACAUUCCAUUUAGAGGCGAUUUUUUUUAUAUGCGUCUAAUAUUUAUUGUCAUAACUAUACUCUCCCUUUAUAUUUGCGUUUUCUAUUAUCCAGCCAGGCAAAAAGUUCGAUGUUGUAUUGCUUUAAUGUAUGUCUUAAAUGUAAAUAGCUAGCAACGGAUUCGCAUGUUUAUAUGUGCUUGAUUUAAGUGUCCGAUAUUUUAUAAUGUAGCAUUGUUUAUCUUGUUUUCAAUGAAAUAUGUAAAAUACUGCACGUCAGAAGUUAUACAUGUUUUAUUAGAGUCGCAUACCAGCGAAGUGUUACGAGGCAUCUUCUGCCUUUAUAAAAUGUAAAUUGAUUCCAUUUAAUCCAUAUUAAUGCUUCUUUUUUUGUUAUAAAGAAAUACAUUCCAAUGUCAUUCGCAUAGUUCACAUAAAUAGCUCAUCUUAGGCGAGCUAUACAAUUUCCUAAAUGUUCUGAUUGGUAUAAGGUGAAUUAAUCAUUAUUAGAUGUACUGACAUGAUGCAGAGAAAAUUAUGAGGAAAAAACAUAGUAAAUUAUCAACACAACCAAUCAAUAUUAUCUCAUAUCUGUGUGACGUUUCUAAUUCAAAGAGUUUAUCUAUUUUGAAUGAUAUAAUAACGUUGUCUGUUGUGUCAGGCGACUUUCUCGUAAUAUUAUACGAUUAUCUCCUGCGCGACAUUGCUAUUUUGAUAAUAAAUAUGUCAGUGAUAUUGUUAUAUUUGAGUAAAAAUUUGCUUAUUAUUUUUUAUUUAUUAGUAAUAUGCACUUUUCAAUAAAAUAAAAAAUUAAAAUAUAUCCAGAGCAACAUUACUAAUUCUAACUAAUCGCAAUUUUCCUUAUCCGCCGAGGGGAAGUCGAGAGCAAUUUUUUAUUUGUUUCUCCAAUGCCUAAAUGACGGACCAUUUAAAGAAAAUGUUAUUGAGUGGCAGUCAUUCAUCAAAAGUCAGAACAUUUCUUUCCUCUAAAUCAGUUUAUUCAUCUAUUCGGAUGAAGAUCAAAGUGAACUUUUCAAAACACGUGUGUUAUUGCCUAUAUCACAUACAUAUAUAUCUUUUUGAAUAUAGACUGAGAACUGUUUUACAUUCAAUUUCAUUGUAAAAUGCACAAAUAAAGAUGUGAAAUUAUAU